GUGACAUUACAGCCAGCAAGGCUGCUUAAUAAUCGUGCGACUGAAGCAAGAGCCCUCCCAUGGCCAUGCAACAAACGAACAAACGUCACAAGGGCCAACACAACAACAACAAGUACUGUACGACCCUCUUGCAACAAUGAUGAAGAGCACAAAAGAAACAUAAGAGGAAUCUGCACAGAAUAUCGACAUAUUGGUAGACAGAUCAAAUGCAAGGCAUGUGCCGGAAGCAGUACGCGAGUAGCGAUACCAAUCGCAGUGAUAUUCUCAUCCGUCACUAUCGCAGCCAGGAUGAACAGCGGGUAAAGGAAAUCUUUUCCGCGGGUAUGUUGUCACUUGUGCCUGAUGCAUUUCUAAUGAUCUGCACAAAGCCUGUCAAUGUGGGGGUCAUGGCGACUGUGGGUUUCAUUGUCGCCUGGCUAUCAAAGAGUGUCUUUGCCACUGCUAUGACGGAAGGUGUCAUGAUGGGUCUCCUCUACAUGUUUCUGAGAACUGCAUUUGGAGGCUAUGUGUCCUCCAGCAUUCAGGACGACCUGAGUAAUAUUCCAAAAUUCUAUGUGGAGAAUGGAGGAUGCUUCUUGGUGGCAACCGAUUCUUCCAGUGGAAAAAUUGCUGGAAUGGUUGGAGCCGAACCAAAAGGUGACAAUCAGUUUGAGCUGCGUCGCAUGAGUGUAGAUCAGGAGUGUCAAGGCCGAGGUGUAGGGAGGCAAUUGCUGCGGAGACUCUAUCAGGAAUGCAAAGGAGCCAAAAUUUUGCUGACGACGUCCAAUAUUCAACAUACAGCACAAAGGCUGUACCGUAAUAAUGGCUUCGUUGUGAAGAGCAAGUUCCCCAUUUUCAAGGAGGGAUGGCAAGCCUACCUUAUCAGUAUUGAGAUUAACUCGUUUGAAAUUCAGCUAUAAACUUUCCUUAGAUGCCUCACAUGGAAUAGAUCACACACAGCAUACUAGUAGGUGGGAGCCUUACUUGCAAGUUUCGUGAACACCGGGGUGGUGCAAGACGGUUGAAUGGGGUGCGGGAAACUCAUAGCUUCUACGAGAUCGCACGGUACCGGUUGCUCAGCUGUUGCUCUGGGAUCCUUGAAUCUAUAGACACCUCUCUAAGUCCCAACUGCAUGGAAGACAAGGCUCGCCCUGACAUCGUACCGCCGCUUCAAACCAACUUAGUCUGGUGUGAAACAAUGAGACAUUGGAUUCAUGGCUGUUUGCGGGAACAUUCAACAACCUCUGAUGCAGCAAGCCACUACUGCUAUGGUGUCCAAUAUGAGGCCCAGACAAGCAAGUUGACGGAAACACAUCAUUAAUGACAAAGAAAGUUGGAUAGUAGUUUAGAGUGCAAUAGAUUAUUCUUGAGUUGCAAGAGAUGAUGUUUUAGUCAGUGACAUCAUACACGUGUACUGCCGAAUGAAUCAACGCCAAUAUGCCCUAUCAAGGUAGAUGGUAUAUUAUAAGCAGCCGAGGAUGUUUCAAUUGCUACCUGCAGCCCCAUAGAUGAAAAAUCCUGCGCAAUGAAGACUACGGAAUCGACAAGGCCGAUGGUAACAUGGCUCGCACUUUCUCCUUGGGUGGCUCCGUUAGCAGAGUUCUAUUGACGCGUUUGAAAGCAACGAUCGAUGUGCUAGCUAGUAUUCAUCCCUGGCUACUACAUGUAUGUACCAUAUCGUACUAGCUAGCUAGUAGAGUAGUAUGCAUAUUUCCUUCUCAU